ACAGUGAAUCUAAAGGGGAGAAGACACACAACCUGUGGUCCCAAAUCAAAAGCGCAUACCCCAAAAGCAGAAGCAGCAGUGCAAAAAGAAGGUUUUCGUUUGAUUUUGUUAAAGUUUGGGGCUUGUUAGUGUCAUUAAUUCGGGUUGAAAAUGUUCUGUUCCAGUUCAAGUGCAAGUGAAGGGGUUGUUGAAAAAAGGGCUCCUAUCAUGGUUUGCUAAAGGCCAAAGGUGCUACCGCAGAAAGCUAAACGAUCGUCGAGGAAAAAAUUAGGCAAACAAACGCCAAGCAUACGCUGCCGAAAGCACGGAUUUUGUGACGUGGGUAAACUGGUGUAGUGUCUCUAAUUUUUAUCAGCAUAAGGAAGGAUGAGCCCGUCCAAAUUGAACAAGUGAAAUUUUUCGGGGUCGUCAGGGCAGCAGCCUACUGCGCUACGUCAAUAGUAAAACAAAUCGAAACCAUACGCCUCGGGAAUUCAACCUAAUCGCAGUGAAUGUGUAUAGGUACGUGUGCUUAUUUCCAUUUAGAGUAACAGCACACGUGAAAAAUUGUUGAAUUGUGCUGGUGCUCUGAAGCGUGAAAAAAUAGAAUCUGCUCCAAAAUUGCCCUGCUGUCAGUCAGUCGUCAUCGUUUGAUGCUGCAAAAUUAUCAAGGCUAAGAUUUUCGAAGCAGCAGAGGAGCAUCAACCUUGAGAAGCGAACAGAUUGUGUGUGGGAUUCCCCCGGUGGUGUAGAAGCUGGUGGCAGCUGAUUCAGAAUAAAGCUUAGCAUAAUGAAGCUGCACAACAAGCUGGAAAACUUCCAUAUGGCAGCGUCGACGCUGGCCGUCCUAACUGUUGCACUACUUGCCCGCUUUGCCAAUGGAUUGAUUGAACAGCAGGGAGGAAGCAGUAGUAGCAGUAGCAGUAGUGGAAGCAAUAAUUUGGUCAGCCAAUCCGAAACAUCUCCCUCGUCAUCGGCAGCAUACACAGUGGGACGGUUUCCGUUCCUGAUGCCGAAGGUGAUACCGAACCGGCCGGAGCUUUAUCUCUGCACCCCGGUGAAGGUGGACUCGACCAAGAGUUACUACGUAGUGGGCUUCGAGCCGAAUGCCACAAUGGCCACCGCACAUCAUAUGCUCCUGUACGGUUGCGGCGAGCCAGGAUCGGAAUCUGCGGUGUGGAACUGUGGCGAGAUGGCCAAAAGCGACGACUCCAAGGAGGAAGUGGGAAGUCCCUGUGCCAGCGGAUCCUCCUCACAGAUCGUCUAUGCCUGGGCCCGGGAUGCACCGAAGCUGGAACUGCCGGAGGGUGUCGGGUUCAAGGUGGGCAAGGACUCCCCCAUCAAGUACCUGGUGCUGCAGGUGCACUACGCAAAUAUUGACAAAUUCAAAGAUGGAACAACGUCAGACGAUUCCGGAAUCUUCCUACACUACACACUGAAACCCAUGAGCAAACAAGCCGGUGUCCUGCUGCUGGGAACCGGAGGCUAUAUUCCACCGAUGAAGGUCGAGCACAUGGAAACGGUGUGCGAUAUCCGUGAAAACAAAACGAUUUAUCCGUUCGCGUAUCGGACGCACACCCACAGCCUCGGUCGGGUCGUUUCCGGCUAUCGGGUGCGGGUGGACGAUCAGGGCCAGGACCAUUGGACCUUGUUGGGCAAACGGGAUCCCCUUACGCCGCAGAUGUUCUACCCGGUCGAGAGUCGGGAACCGAUCCGAUACCGGGACCGGAUGGCCGCCCGCUGUACCAUGGAAAGCAACCGCAAAACCGUCACCAACAUCGGUGCCACAAACAACGACGAGAUGUGCAACUUCUAUCUGAUGUACUACGUGGACAACGGCGAACCGCUGAGUAUGAAGUACUGCUUCAGCAAUGGGCCACCCUUCUUCUACUGGACCAACAAGGACGCGGAACUGAACAACAUUCCCGACUACGAGGCCAGUCACCUGUAAAAAGGUGUAUCACCCGGACAAGGUGUGUUUGGGAGGAUUUCAAAUGAGUAGGUACCUACUUUCAGAGAAGAGGUACAUCAACCAAAAACAACAACAACCAUAAAACGAAAAGACGUGAAAGCAAAUUAUUAGUCAUCAAGCAUCACCAGAUAUCAUCAAACACAAGCAUCAUAAGCAUAACAUCACACAAGUUUAAGAGCAAAAAAAAAGUAUCCCUAAAAAUGUUUUGCUAAAAUCCAUCAGCAGCACAAAAACCACGCAACACAAUUGAUACCUGUAAUGAGAAUAUUAUCGGAAGAAAAAAAAAACCAAAUGCAGCUAACUUCUACACAUAAAUAGUGAGACAAUUUUGGUGUCGUCACACCCUAAAUUUUAACCUCCUAACUUAAUGACUACAAAAAAAAACAAGAAAAGAGUCUCUACAAACAAACUUCUCAAAAAACCAUAUCAAAACCAACCGAAGAGUUUAACUGCAAACACAUCCAAAUACCCAAAAUCUAGAUAAAAAGUCAAACACAAAUAUAUUCUCAGUCCUGUAGGUUUCUUUUUUAUUUGUUAUUUUUGUGACAAAAGAAGAUUUAUUCGUUUACUUAAUUUCGUUUAGUACUAGUCAACCAAUCUGCAUUUCUUGUGUUAUUUUUACUUUUUAUUUUGUCGACUAAUAGUUGUGAGAAGAAAACAUCAGAAAUUUCUACAGUUUUUUCUCAAGUAAUAAUUUUAUAACUGCCCUAAUUUUUCUCGCUCGUUUAAAUUAAAUCAAUAGUUGUACCUAACCUUUUUGAGAGAAGGGAAAUAGUAUAGAAUGCAAUCGAAUAUGGAAGAAAAAAGGCGUAUAACGAAGCGUAAACGACGGUACAAGUAUAGGAAGUAGGAAGAAAGCACGCUGUGAAUAGUAAGAGUUUCCUAAAACAGUUUAUAUGUUGAGCCAACAUUGAGAUAGUUUAACAGAAAGGAAGAUUUAAGCAACACAAUAGACAACUAUAUGGUGUGGAAGCCAACAGGCCUGCGCAAUGGAAUUAAAGCUUUAGUUUUAUAGACAACUGUUAAUGGGUUUUAAGCAUGAGAAGAUACACACACACUGACGCUUGUUGUUGGAUUAAGUUUGAGGAAAGGUUACUGAACGAAGGUGAGAAACUUGCUGUGAAAUGAGAGAAAUUGUAAGGAAUUGUAAACACGAUGAAUGAGUUAUGUUUAAAUUGUUUCCAUUAAGAUAUGUACUUAGGUUCGUAAUCAGAUUCAGAUUCAGGUCGGAUUUGUUUUCAUUUCCGUCAGAUUCUAAACAUUUGUACUUGAAGUUUAGUCACGGCUCGAAUGUUAUUGUCGCGAAAAAUCGAUCUGUGACUGUAAUAUUAGAACUGUAUAUUAGAACUAUAAAAGUUUUAAAUUGAAACUGAACUUGGUUGGAAUUGAAAAAAAGUCGGGGAUGCCAAAUUCCAAAGUUUCCCUCCCCAAAAACCUCUGUAGAUAAUGACACAACUUUUCGGUUUUCGAAUUUUAACAGGUUCAAUUAUACACAUAACACACAAAUAAUCAUUUUAGACUAGAUGGAAUGUAAAUUAAUAAUAUACAUAUUAUACUAGUGAAAAUAUUAACCUUAUCCGAACUCUCCUAAUCGAUGUGUAUAAAAAUCCAGCAAAAUUCAUAACCCUCAAAAAAAUCUUAUCGAACUGACAUGAAGUAAAAAAAAACCUUAAUGCUGCAUCAACGUAAAUCAGACCACUUUGGAAAAGAAAACAAAACAAAAAGAAAGAAAAAGGAUACAAAUAAAACAACAUUCACAAAUUUCAUAUGAUAGAGGAAAAUACAACUUGAAAUAAACAAGUAAAAAAAUGAAAGCCACAAAUAGAGAGAAACAAAAGUAGUGAAAAAACCUGCGCUCCUUUAUUAUUGUUUUUAAACUUCUACAUACAAAUUCAUAGAGAGACUGUAAACAGAGAAAAGUACAUUAAAUGCGGUUUAUACCCAUAAAGGUUUAAAAUUAGCAGCAGCUGGUGGUAGAUCAAGUAGAAUCUAUUGUCCUCAAUUUAGCAAGCAAGCAAAACAUCCUCCAACAACAUAUAUAAGUGUAUAGAUUUGAAAGCAAAGUAAAAUUUAAAAACCCCAUAAAAUAUUCUUUGAUGAUAAAAAACCCAAUAGGAGAACGAUAAUCAUUUCACAACAACAUAAAGGAAGGCUGAUAAGAAAAGAAAAACAAAACAUCUUCUAGCGAGCGAGUAUUAUCGGAGGAUUUCGAAUGGAAAAGGACACAAACCUUCAGAUCACACAUACAAUCAAAUUCAACCCGCAAUGCAUGACAGUCGGCGACUGUCCGUGUCGCAGUGAAAUUCCAUAACACAUACAUAUAAAGUAGAGAAAACAUCUUUGGGUAAACAGAUAUAUUUGCUAAAAUGAAAUGCUGCAACCUAAAGAAAAUUUACAGAACGAAUAAGAGUGCAGAAAAAUAUAAAAGAGAGAAAGCAGUAACAUCAAUUCAAUUGAUAAUAUAUUAUAAACUUUAUGAAUAUUUAAAGAGGCACAAUAAAAGAACUAGUAUUCAUAUUCGUAAA